AUGGUCCAAGAACAACCAUACAAACUCCCCUCAGUGAUGUCACUGUGGCGGCAUCACGGUGCUGAGAAUGUAGAACAAGGAGAAGGGAAUGCAGACAGCGCUGAGUGUGCUGUCGAAAUCUCCAAUACGUCUAUUGAACGCCAAGGAUUUGUUGCUCGACAUCGUCGAGCCAGGUCGCUAGUGUCCGAACAGGACCUUGUCCGGUUUCGCGCUGAGGUGUUGGGCAUUUCACCCACAAGUAGUGGAACUCUCGACGCCGCCGAUGAGGACGACGAGCUAACGGAGCUUAAUCUCGCGUUUUCUUCUGCAAGCAUGUCAAUGACCAGCAACACCUCCAGCAGCGCCAGCAGCACAGGUCCGCCCCCUUCUCCCAACUCCAAUUCGCCUGCUGGCACGGGCCCCUUCGCCACUCUUUACGAUCACAGCAAUAACAACAAUAACGGCAAUAGCUUCAAUUCGUCUGGUCCCGUCAUGGCGGGCAUGUCUCGUCAAAUCCCGAGUCCUAGUACCCCUUCUACCCAAAAUGGGGGAAUGGCGCCGAUGAACGUCGGGAUGCCAGUCAAUGCCGGACACCAAAUGGAUCUCAAUCAUCUUUACGAGAUGGUUUUGGAGCUCAGUGAUGUGUUGAAAAAUAAUCGCGACAUGACGAAAGGGAUUAUUGACAGUGCUGAGGAAAUUAUGAAACGCGCUGCCGCAGAGGGUGCCAGUCCAACGCUCCAACAGGUCAACGGUGAAGUAACAGUCACCAGAAUCGCAGAACUCGAGCGCUCGCUCGCACGAGAAAAAUCCCUCGUCGAAGCCCUCAAGCGGGAACAGAUAGAAAACACCAAAUUGAUUGGGGAGUACGAAACGGCCGUCGGCACCAUGGUGGAACAGAUCCGCAACUACUGCCAGAACAAUAACAUGCACUACCUCGCCCAGAGACGCCACUACAGUAAUCUCCUCCAAGCUGAACGUGACGCCCACCUCGAGAGCCGCCUGGACAGAGACAAUUGGCACGCCAAGGCAAUGAGAUGCUCUGAAAUGAUCCGCACCGCGUACCGUCUUCGCUGCGACGAAGAAGAAGUCCCCAUCCGGAUUAUAUCUGGGUUGCAGAAUGAGGUUCGUGCAUACCGCAAUGCUUUGGGCAUGGAGCCUGAGAAACCGGAGGAAGAGUAUGGGUGGGAAAUACUCAAGGACCUUCCUGCUGGUGUGGAUUAAUUAUCGUUUUCCCCAAAUGACUUUGGGAUUUUCGGAUUUUGAUUUGUUACGAGUGCGAUGACAAAUGAUACAAUGCAAGAUGGCGCGUGCAUGGCGUUCAGGAGCUGGCGACUGGGUCUCGCUGUUGUUUCUCUUUUAUCCUUUCUCCUUUCUCUCUUUUCUGUUGUGGAGGGGUUCACUUCAUUUUCCUUUCACUUUUCCAUCUGCCGUGUUUGUUCUUUGGGAUAUACCCUGGGAAGCUGAUUCAAGCAUGUCACUGAGAAGGCUUCAUUUCACACAAGUACAGUAUAUUUAUCUUUCUUCCUGUAAUUUUUUUUCCUUGUCUCAGGAGAUGGAACUGGGGUCAUGUACUGAUAUUUCCUUUGUCCCAUCGUUUCAACUUAGCUGCAUAUAUCCAUAUUGCACAUGAAAGACAGUGGGUAAAUUGUCUGGCAAUGACAUCCAUCUCGUCGACAGACAGUGGGCCAUACCUGCGCAGAAGCUGUUUCAUCGACACGGUUUAUAUGCUUCGAUUUUCUUUUUUACGGUUGAUAUGCCUGCUUUCCUUCUGUUUCCAUCGGGGUUAAAAAAAAAAAAAAAAAUUUAAAUUUAAA